AUGGAGUUGCCCUUCAAGGUUCGGCGCAAAACCACUGAGUGGUUUUCAUCUUUGAAAAUCCCCGUCAAGAUUCACCUGCUCACCUGGACUAUCGAUCCUCCACGGCUGGCGAUAUUUCAUUUCCACCCCAUCGACACGGUCGUCACUAUGGAGUCGUUGCGUGACCUCAAUCCAACAGCCGCAGACAUCGCAGCGAUAGCAGCUCACACCCUGGACAAGUCCGGCCCCAUCCCUUACCUACUUUGGGGCCGGUUGGCUGUGCGACUGGCCGGAGGCCGCGACCUGAACCGCCACCCACACCUACCUGACGAUGAAUGUUGCUUCGUUGUCGACGAUGCCGAUCUGUGGCGGGCUUUUCAGGUCCUAGGGUCUGGCGGCUUCUUUCACUGCAUGCUCAGACCGGACUGUCGCUACCUUCUCGGCACCCCGGGCGUGCGACUGCGAUUCGACGCUCACCUGCACACUUCCGCGAGCAAUGGGCAUGACAUCUGCCUUUUGCUCUACAACAAGUCCCGCAUCAUCCCCGAUGUGAACGGAGCGAUGAUCCCGGGGCUCCUAGGCCCACCCGGGCCCCUGGUGCCGUACAUGCUUUCAAGCGAUCCGAACACCGUGCCUCCGCGCCAUGAGGACCGAGGCAGCGGGUACUGGCGCGGGCUGUGGCCAGUGCGCACGCUGAAGCCGAACGUGCUGACCGCGGCGCUGCUGGACUGCCUGCUCCGGACGUAUGGGGGCGUACCGGGAGCCCAGGGGGGGCAGAUUCUCGUCGAGUGGACCACUCUGCUCGUGCCGAUGAUAGAACCGGCCUAUCCCCCAACGAUGACUCUGCCACCGCACCUCCGAGCCCUGUGGAGAGCGUGUAACUCCCGAGUGAUCGAGGAGAGGUGGCGACCGACCUUUCUGAUGCAGCUGGUGUCCAGAAACUACGAGUACAUCCGGAGCUUGGAUGCCGAGGAAGAGAAUGACGACGAUGUAGCCCGGAGCGCGCACUUCAUGGCUUCCAGAACGCAGUUUGUAAACGACACCAGAUGGCAGUGA